AUGGUUUGGCCAGAGAUGUUCAUGGGGCCAUGCACCGGGUCCAUCAUAUUCACGGUCAAAGGGGCGAUCAAAUUACCCGUUGACAAGUCAACGUUCUCCUUGAACUGUUGGAUCACCUUCCAAUACAUCAGCGGGAUGUUGAUCAACGGCGGCGGUACGUUUGAUGGCCAGGGGCAUUUGGUAAACAGCAAGAAUUUCCACUUUGUCCUCUUCUCAUGCAAUGCUCUCGAGUUUUCUGGUGUUCGGAUAACUGCCCGUGGAAACAGCCCCAAGACGGACGGAAUCCACAUAGGCUACUCGUCCUGCAUCAAGAUUGCCGACUCCAUGAUCUCGACCCAGGACGACUGCAUCUCAAUUGGGUUGGGGUCCAAGGACGUUGAGAUCGCCGGCGUCCACUGCCGGCUAGGCCACGGAUUUAGCUUGGGGAGUCUCAGGAAGUACCCGAACGAGGCGGACGUGACCGGGCUGUCCGUGAGGGGUUGUCCUAUGGUUGGCACUCAGAAUGGUGGAGGGAUCAAAACGUGGGCUUCUGGCGUUAAAAGGAAUGCCUACAAUCUCUCUAUCGAUGACAUUACCAUGAAGGAUGUGCAAAGUCCCAUUAUUAUUGACCAAGAGUACUGUCCCGGUGGUGGUUGUUCUAAGUAG